AGUGCAUAAACAUUAGCCGAUCUCCAAGCUAUGGAUUCGUAGUGAUCCUUUCCGUGUAUGAAAUGAAGAUCGCAGGAUCACGAGGCAGUCUUUCAGUCGUUAUACGAGCGAGCAUCAGAUUGUGGGAGAAGAAUUGAAGCGAAGGAUUUUUUCCUCCUCACUAUUGUCUAAAAGUGUCUGUGUUUGGAUUAUUUUAGUCUGAUCUCUCGAACAGUAUUUAAAACUAAAUCUGAACAGGAAUAUAAAACCGGAAAAGGUUUCCGUUAUUCGAGUCGGUUUGGGCGUAUAAGCAGAAGUCGGGAGGUUUGUAAAGUUUUGAUCCCUCUGAUCAUCCUGGACAGCAAUGAGUUACUCAGAACCUCUAACGUUUUCAUCCGUCGAAGAAGAGCGGGAUUACUGGAAGGAGAGAGCGACUCAUCACCAGCAGAGGGCUGAUGAGGCUCGAGAUGAGUUGCAGGAGUUUCAGCAGAUGAGUAGAGAUUACGAAGCCGAACUCGAGACCGAACUGAAGCAGUGUGAAGCACGAAACCGUGAACUCCUCGCAACCAACAACCGGCUACGCUCAGAACUAGAGAACUUUAAGGAGAAGUACGAGACGCAGCACUCCGAGACGUACAGACGGAUUUCUGCUCUGGAAGGAGAUUUAGCCGAAACCACCGCCAUCAAGGACCAGUUACAGAAAUAUAUCAGAGAGCUGGAGCAGUCCAACGAUGACCUCGAGAGAGCUAAAAGGGCCACCAUCAUGUCACUGGAGGACUUUGAGCAGAGGAUGAACCAUGUCAUCGAGAGGAAUGCUUUUCUCGAGAGCGAACUAGACGAGAAGGAGAAUCUGCUGGAGUCUGUUCAGAGACUGAAGGAUGAAGCUCGAGAUCUGAGGCAGGAGCUGGCUGUGAAACAGAAGCAGGACCGUAAACCAUCCCUUAGCCUUACAGUGGAUGGAGAGAAGGUGGAGUCGAUGGCGUCUCACACACCGUCCGCUCAUUCCUCAUACCUCACUACACCGCCCAGAGCAGCAGCAGGUUCUGGGAGUGCGUUUCACACACCACCGUCCUCCUAUGGCAGAAUCGAAGGUCUCACCGGGACGCCGUUGACGACGUCAGCACGGAUUUCCGCUCUCAACAUUGUAGGAGAACUGCUGAGGAAAGUCGGAAAUUUGGAGUCGAAGCUGGCAUCAUGCAGAGAGCUGCAGGUCCAGGAGCGAACACCCAGUCGCUCGGCGACGGCUCAGAGCUCCCACGGCACCCCGAGAGACGCGCUGGAGAACCAGCCGAGCUCUAACGGUCUGUUCGAGGGGAUGGUCAAGCGGCUAGAUUUUGGACCCAAAAUGGUGGUCUGACUCUCUCUCUCUCUCUCUCUCUCUCUCUCUCUCUCUCUCUCUGUGUACGUACGUGUGUGUGUGUGUAAUUGUGACUCUACUUCUUUCUUGUCUCCUGCUGACUUAACACAUGGUUCAACACUCUUGCACUAGGAGGGUGUGAGCUUGUCUCUUUUUUUAUUACUACUGUUAACUGAGGGUUAAUCCCUCUCUCUCUCUGUUUUUUUUUUUUUGUUUUGUUUUUUUUUUUUUUUUUUAUAUAAACAUUGUCUGUAUCUCCAUGUACAGCCACAUGUCUAUGUUUCACUGUUUUUGUAACGAAAAUGUCUGAUUAUAGAUGUUUGCACUGCACAGUUUAGAGGGUUCUCUGCCAUAUCACGUCUCUAUUUGCAUCUUUAUUGGACGACAACGUUCUAAAUAGAAAAAGGAAAAUGGGAAACAAGGAAAUGAGCACAUUUGAAGAAAUAUAAAUAGAUAAAUAAAACUUCCCCUUUAGUCCGAAUGUAGUCACUCAUCUGGGACAUGUCUGUAGUUUUUUUUUUUUGGGGAAGAUAUUACAUCUGCAAUAUGAUCUGAAUUAAUAUUUCCGUUUUUUUAAAGACUGAAGAAGAAAUAAUUCCCCUCUUAAGUUUUGCCAAGGUAUUUAUUCUGUGACUUUGCUGUGCCCGUUUUAUGAGAAACGGAGACGAAGCUGCAGAAAGCUGUACACUUCCAUAAGAGUGUCUGUGAGCGUGAGAGAGAGAGAGAGAUCAGGCAGGAAACACAACUGUGCAGUGCAGCUCAAACUUAAGGACUGCAAUAUUGCCAUAUGGGUCUUUGUGCAAAUGAUCUUCUAAUGAACAAUUAGAGGUUUGGUUCAAACCGUUCUAGCGUUCGUGAGUUAGGAAAAAGAAUGUUUUGAAACGCACUUGCCCUUUGUUGGGGCGCUUAUAGCCGAGCCCGGUCGCUAUACAUUUGUUGUGACGUCAAGAUAUUUUCAUUUUCUGUAACUGGGGGACAAAUUGGAACGCACGUUUCACAUUACGAUGCGAUCGGCAGGUUAAAAAAAACGAUCGAUUCUUAUUGUUUCUUUACAAUUUACAAGUGUUUGAAGUGUAACUUGAAAGGACGUUAAUUUGUUACAGCAACAAUGUUAGUGUUAUAAAAGCACUAAGGAGACUCAGGAUGUGCUUGAAAUACAGGACUGUAAGUGAUUUGUUAUAUUGCACACGUCUACAAAGGUUUGGUGAUGAUUAGGUUCUCGCUUAAUUAACACCGGAUCAGAGGCUCAUAUAGAACCCUGAUGGGAUAAAAUACAGAUCCCUUUACAUGUACAAUUGGAUUUGUUUUUUCUCUCUUAAGCACUGUACAGUAAUAGCUUUCGCUUGUCUGACGUGGAACUAAAUUUUGUAUUUCACAGAGCUUUUGUUGAUGUGAAGCUUUGAGAUUUUUGCAGCAGUUUCACAAGCCUCAUGGCUUAGCAUCAGGGACGAGUCGCUCAGAAAGAGAACGAGAGGGACACAAAACAAUGUGUCUAUACAGUGUAUUCCGCAGCAGCAUGUUAACAAGGACAGUUUACUUAUUUGUUAAAGAAUGACUCCUCUAUUAUUGUUGUGAAACCUUAUCAUAAUAAGAUGUCCUCUCAAAGACAAAAAAAAAAUCAGCUUGUCAUGUUAAUGAGGAACCAAAAAAUGUUGCAUAUGGGCAGUUUUUAGCCUUGUGUACAACACCAAAGUCCGCUUGUAAAUGACGGCCUUUUGACCAAUGAGGGUUCAGUAACUCUCUAGCACACAAACAGGCAUUUCUCCAUUCUAAAUCUGGCACAUAAGCGAUAUCGAGAAUCCUCGUUAGUAUUUUAUGGAUUAUUUCUUUAAAAAAUGGCUGAUGUUCUUGUAAACGAGACCAGAGUCUUUACUGUUUUUCUUUCUCGCAUGAUCUCUGGUUUUGUCCGGGAUGUAAAUGUUAAGAAACGGACCAAAAUCCAGAUACAGUCUCUGUAGCAUAGUUAAGAUAAAUUUAAAAGUUAAAUACUUCAGUGAAGGCUACAAAUGUUUUAUGUUAAAAUUAGAAAUGUAAAGAGGAGCUCGGAUGUGCCGUUUUCUCUACUAAUAUAGGAGUCAUGAUGGACGGAUGAACAGAUAGACAGACAUAUCGUCUACUUAUCUACAUUAAACUUUAAUCACUAAUAACAGUACAGUUUUUGGCGUUGAUCAGGUGUUUAAAUCACGUGCUCACUGAGAGUCGAGUGGGGUAUUAAGGAAUGGUUCAGGUUCAAUACAGCAGCUUUAUCAUGUUCAUGUAAAACGUAUGUUCCAUCAGCAGAUGUGCAAAAUAAACGACUUACUACACAAAACUGUCAA